AUGACAGGCUUUGGUGUUACAACAGUGUGCAAUAUAACAAUAGAGGUUUCGCAAGCAAUCGUAAAACGUCUCUGGAAGGAAACUGUCUCAGAUAAGUUCCCCUCAACACUAGACCAAUUUAAAGACAGUGCAUUGGAUAUGGAACAGUUGUGGCAAUUUCCCUUGGCAUUCUCUGCAUUAGAUGGUUGUCAUAUCCCAAUUAAAAUGCCGAGUGGUGGACCAGAAUCUGCUAAAGAAUAUCACAAUUUUAAGAACUUUUUUUCCAUUGUACUCAUGGGAAUGGUUGAUGCAAAAAUGCAAUUUAUCUGGGCAAGUGUUGGCUGCCCUGGAAGCAAUCAUGACUCUAUCAUAUUCAGAUCAACUAAUCUCCAUAAAAAGAUAAUGGAAAACAAUAUUCUACCAGCAUAUACUAAACUUAUAGAAGAUAUUCAAGUUCCUUUCAUUAUUCUUGCUGAUUCAGCAUUUCCUCACUUGCCUUGCAUUCAGAAGCCAUACACCAAUGCUGUUUUAUCAGAAAAGCAACGUUAUUUUAAUUAUAGGCUCAGUCGAGCAAGGAUGGUUGUGGAAAGUGCAUAUGGAAUGCUCAAGUCAAGGUGGAGAGUACUCCAUAGAAAAUGUGACAGCAACAAUGACACAAUGAAAGUAAAAACUCUGGCAUGUAUUGUCUUGCACAAUAUAUGCAUUGACAAAGGCGAAACAAUCCCCAAAAGUUUAGAUCUUACAGUGAAUCCUGCAACAAAGCAAUUGAGACCACGACACAUUAUCAGGAAUUUGUUGCAUAUGACAAGGUCUCAUCCAAUGAAGAGUACAACAAAAUCUGCAACACUUAUCAGAGAUGCCUUAACUAAAAAGUUUUGGAAGGAAAAAAAACUGGUGUUGUUUAGUUUGAAACAUUUUUUGUUUAUAAAAUAG